AAACAGACGGGCUUGUCGUUGAGAUGCUCACAUCUCUCCAUAUCUUUUGUUCAACCCCCUAAUCAGGAGUACCUAGACGUGCUGAGUCUUGGUCAGCAGCAACCGGAAAAUCGCCCAAGCGCUAUCGGCCCAUCGCAAUGACUUUCAGGGGCUUCUCUUCAAACCGGGGUGCCACGGGUCGUCAGCAGACUCAGCACGCCUUCAAUUUCAACCAACCCCUGUCCUCCGUCUCGACUCUUACCGCAGACGGGCUCUGCCGCGACUGCGCCGCUCUGGACCUCGAAACCGCCUUCGCCAGAGGGCACGAGCUCUACGAAGAUGCCCGUCGCGGGUUCAACACCCGCAGGCUCGCCUCCUGCCGCUCCGCCAACGGCACCAUCUACCUUCGCGAUUUCUACUUCGUCACGUCACUCGGCAGACGACUCGCCGAAAACCGCGGCUGCAAGCUCUGCGACUUUUUCAAGCACCACGUCGACGACCCGGGCCACCAUGGGAAGACGUUCAAAGCGCUGGUGGUCUGCAGCAGCGAGGCCUCCCUGUUCCGGGCGCCGAGGCGGAACGCCCGGGGGCGGCUGGAGAAGCGGCGGGACUGGGAUGAAAUGGAGUACAACGUGUUCCUGACGGUCGUGCCCGAAGUGGACGGCAUUCCCAGGACCGGGGUCCCGCUGCGGUGGCUGGAGACCGAGGUGCCGCGGAAGGGGGCCAUCUACCGUGCCACGGAAGAGGUGGCGGACGAAGACGGCAAGAGGCUCGUCCUCCCCGGUGUCCUCGGGCCCAAGGCAGACUUUGUCAAGUUCGGCUACUGGCGGUACAACUGCGAGGAGUCGCACGGGCCUCUGUGCACGCCCAGGAAGCCGCCGAACCAGACGGUCACUGGGUUCAAGGUCAUCAACUGCAGCAAAAGGCCCUUUUCCGUGGAGAGGGUCUCGUGGAGGGAGAAGUACGUUGCGUUGAGCUACGUGUGGGGUGACUACCCAGACACAGACAGGUGGCCACAGACCAUCAGAGAUGCCGUCGCCUUUACGAUCUACAUGAGGGAGAAGUAUCUGUGGGUUGACAAGUUGUGCAUCGAUCAGUCCAACGCGGAGGAGAAGAAGUACAUGUGCUCCAAGAUGGAUGCCAUCUACGAGGGCGCCGAAUUCACCAUCGUCAACGCCGCCGGGGACGCCCGAACGGGAUUGCCCGGUGUGACGAAGGUCCCUCGUACACCGCAGCACAAAGUCGAGCUCAAUGCGUCGUCCGCUCGAGUGAAUUUAUCCGGAAGAGGGCCGACGACCUCGACCUCGUCCUCCCGGCCCGGAAACUCGGAUGACGUCUAUCGAGACCUCCUGAACGUCCCAGGGGCAGAAUACGACGCAGAAACCCAAGGCCACAGCUUGUGGCUUGACAACUAUCGCCACGGCCUCAACAACAACAUGGAAUUGCCGCUCGACGAGAUGCUGAGCCUGGCGCAAGGACCCGAUCGGGCAGCCAAGUACGGCAUUCCGGCCGAGCACGUUGAUUUCUACGAAGACUCGGCGGAGCACUUCGGCCUCCCGUUCGACGAGUUUAUGGAAACGCAGAAAGAACUAGCUCGACGCAUCGGUAUCACUCUCCCCGAGCUGGUCCCGUAUCUGCAGCGCGAUCUUGCGAGGAAGGCAGGCAUUCCUGAUAGCGAGCCGCUACGUAUGCCCACGGCGGCAGAUGACACGGUCGUCAGCCACAACAGGCCAAAGAAGCCACUACCACCAGGGAAGACACCCGGGAAAAUCACCCUCGUCUCGACGAUGCAGGAUCCUCGCGUCACGAUCCGUAAAUCGAGGUGGGCAACGCGUGGCUGGACGUAUCAGGAAGGCGUCCUUUCUCGGCGGUGUCUGGUGGUGACCCCGGAGCAGGUGUACUGGGAAUGCCGAGGAAUGGCGGUGCAUGAAUCCAUCAAGCUCCCGCUCCCGACACUCCAUACGCCGGUCUGGCCAAUGGGGGUCUGGUGUUUCGCGGAUUACAUGCUUUCGGGCGUCUUCCGCGGCGACAUGCACCGAACCCCUGAGCUCCAGUACGGUUUUCAGGGGAAGGAGGGGGACGAUGAUGACGGUGCCGCAGCCACUGACGCGGGAGGUCGGGUCAAGUCGCUCGACGGCCAUAUUAGGGCGUACACGGCGCGGGAGCUCAAGUGGGAAAGCGACUCGCUGAAUGCGUUCCUUGGUAUCUCGAAUCGGUACUCCUCCGAGACCGACCGGGGGCUCUCGUUGAUUCUCGGCAUCCCCGUCUGGACCGGGGCGUUUGCUGACGGGCGACCUGGCCUGCAGCACAGCUUUGCCAUGUCAGUCUCGGUCUGGUUUCACGUUGGGGAACCGACGGAGCCCGGGUCGGAGCUUUAUUAUGCCACCUGCCCGCGACGGGCAGACUUCCCGUCGUGGAGUUGGAUUGGUUGGGCUGGUCGGGUCGACUUUAACGGCGACAAUACGGACAACAGUCCCAGAAACAAAGAGGAAAACAACAAUCCCACAUGCACUUCUCGUGCUGAUAACGAUGGCUAUGAUGACGAGGAGGAUGAAAGGAACAUGGCGGAUGAUGCGCACAUUGACUUCUUCAAGGCGAUGACGUCCAGCGACUGGGCCCGGAGCGUCGACCGCCUCUACUCGGCCAGCAUGGUCCUCCACACAGAAGACGGCGCCUACUCGACCCUUUUGUCCGGCUCGGUCUCACUCAGGGACUUCCCUAUCGAUGCGGACAAGAAGUGGCUUCUGACGAUCAAGAAGCCGUUCGUGCUAGGACACUUGCGCACGGUGCCGUCGAGAAACAGGUGGGAAUGGGGACGUCUCAUGGAAAAGGAGGUGGAGGUGCGCAUGUCGGUACCAUGCUCGGAGCGGGAGCUCAAAGAAGGUCACGCGAGCGGGGAGAUGCUGUCGGUAUUGCUGUUCGCGGGAACGGUACCGUUUGUUUGGGAUGUGAAGGCGAGAUUCUUGGUUCUAAGGAGAGUUGGGGCGAACUCCGACUCGGGUGCGAAGGGGGAAGAACGUUGGGAAAGGCUUGGAAGGCUGGUGCUGACGAUGGAGGAAUGGAUGAUGGGGGAAUACACGGAUGCCCAGGCUAUGGUUAAGGAUUUGCCGGUUCGAGAUUAUGGGCGGGAUCUGACAUUGGUCUGAUCGACGCGUAUCGUAUUCUUCAUAUAGUUUCUAGGGUCGUUUGGUGGACGUCGGGGCAGACAGAUGGCUUUACUAUCAUGAUGUGGUGUCAGGGGCU